AUGAAAUACGGUCAAGUAGUAGUCGGCCCAGCUGGAAGUGGGAAGACGAAUUAUUGCAAAUUAAUGAAAGAAUUUAUGAAAAUAAAAAAAAGAAAUUGUUAUGUAGUUAAUUUAGACAGUGCAAGUGAAGAAUAUUACUAUGAGAGAAAAAAGAAAGCAAUAAACACAACAUCCAACAUAGAAAAAGAAUUAAAGCAAUAUUAUGAUACUAUAUACGACAUCGAUAUAAGAAAUUAUGUUGAUGUCAAUAGUUUAAUGGAAGAACAAAUGCUUGGUCCAAACUGUGCGCUACUGAGAAGUGUUGAAUUAUUAUAUGAGAAUUCACAUUUGCUAGAAGAUGAAUUAAAUAACUAUGAUGAUGAUGAUAAUUAUUUCAUUAUUGAUACCCCGGGACAGAUAGAGUUGUAUACACACACAGAUUAUUUUAAAAAAAUUUUAAGUAUAUUCACAGAUCAAAACAUAAGAUUAAUAGUUGUCUUUUUAGUAGACAUUUCUUUUAUUAGUUCCAACACAAAAUUGUUAUCAGCAUAUUUAACUAGUUUAUCAACUAUGAUAAAUUUUGAAUUACCUCAUAUUAACAUAUUAACAAAAUGUGAUCUUUUAGUCAGCAAAAAUUAUUAUCAAGAAUUGAGAAAAUUUAAAUAUAAUAAUAACUAUUUUUUUCAGAGAAAAUUAUAUAAAAAAAUUAACAAAAAAAUUAAAAAUGGAGGUGGUAUCCAAUUUCAUCAGCGUGCCAAAGUAGAAAAGUAUUACGAUGAUGAAAAUAUGGAGAGUGAUCACAAUGGACAAAAUAAGGAUAUGUUUGAUUCUUUUUUGAAAGAGAUAGAAUGUAUAAGUGGAUGUAAAUCUUUUAAAGAUGAAUACAUUCUAUGUUCUGAUUAUGAAAACAAAAGUGUUUCAAGUGUAUCUUCAAUUAAUAUAUCUGAAGGCAGGAAUGUAAACUCAGCCAAUAAUUCAUCAGACGAACAAGACAGUAGUAGUGCAUUGUCUGAAGAAAUUGAUGAAAAAGUGUAUCAAAAAAAUUAUGAAAAAUUAAAUGAUAUACUUUGUUUAGAUCCUCAUGACAUUGUUAUGACAGCAAACAAAUGUAUGUCCAGAAAAUACUACAAAUUGAACAAUGCUUUUGCAAAUAUCAUUGAAGAUUUUAAUUUAGUUUCCUUUAUUCCAUUAAAUAUUUACGAUGAUGAAAAUGUUGAUUUUAUUAUAAACAGCAUUGACAUGAUAAUACAAUAUGGGGAGGACAAAGACGUGAACGACAAUUAUGACAUGUAA